AUGACUUCUUACGGUUCUGCUACUUGUAUUAAUGAAGUUUCUUUACAACCUUUAGAUAAUCUGUCAAUGGUUGCUUUACCUGACCCUAAUUUAUUCUUUGCUCUAUUUUUACCCAACUAUGGUAUUCCAUGUACUGAUUUAUCCUCACCGACUUUUCAAAGUCAUGAUCUAAUAUUACAACUUGAAACGGCUGAAAGUUCUUUACCAUAUUCACCAACUUGGUUACCAGAGCCUUUUCCUCUCGUAGAAUCUCAUCAAGUUUAUUUUUCUCAACAUCAUAUUUGUAACAUGAUUUGGGUUGGAUCAAUUCCUUUAUCCUUGAUGAAAAACGACUGGUCAUUACCGCUUCCUCCUUUUGAAUAUCCACCAUGUAACGGUCAUCCUUCUGUCUUUGUGGAAUUUAUCGAUCUUCUUUGCCUUGAGAAUGUUCAUAGUUAUAUCGCUAUGCACAGAACUGUUCCUUUCUUGGGUGCAACUCCUGAAGAAUUACGUGUAGCAAUCAUUUUUUAUUUGACAGCUUUACUUCCUCAGGAGGUUUUCCAAUUUUAUAAAUGGCCUGCUCAUGGAUUUCAACACCUAACCAAGAUUUAUGCUGAAUUACCUUUCGAGUUUUUAAAAUCUGCAUUAGAAGCACAAACAUUUCCUUUUGCUGCUCCAAUUGAUCGUUUUCAAUUUGCCAAGAAAGUAUUAAAACUUAGGAAAUCAAAUGCUAAAUUAUAUGGUUGUGGAAAUAUGAACUCUUCAGUUCGUGAUGUUUUAUGUGAGACUGUCUAUUUAGCAUUUGGUGAUGAUUUAAGUAGAUCUGGGAUCAUAGUCGCCACUAGUUCUCCUCUAAGGAAAGUUUCCAACGAACAUUCUCCGUCAAAGAUGGUUUAA